CACGGACACUGUACCGCCGCAGUGGUCGCCGUAGCCCGUAGUACUACCGCAGGGGGAGUGACAAAAAAAAUCAACGCGCCGCGCCGUGGACGAAAAUAUCAACUGGCCGCCGGGAACAGUGUUUUUCGGCCUUACACCGACGCCACUAGUUGAUUCACGUCGAACCGCACGGGACCAUCCCUCGAUAAACCGCCGCAGGGUCGAGGACAUCCGCACCGAAUUCCCCGAGUGCGUGCGCGUCGUACCUAUUUAAUAAUAUUUUUUCGGUUCGGUUCGGUCGUCGAGGGUAUCACCACACAUUCCGCUGUUAUUUCAAAGGCUGCAUCAAUGAUGUUGAUAAUUACCACUGCACCUGCUCGAAAAGCAUAUUGUUUUCAAAGAAAUGCAGUAAUGGUAUCAUCAAUCAUGCAAGUACUUAUGUUCCUGUGCGUUUUGACUGGUAUGAGUGUAGCAUCCACUUCAUGUCCAAACAGAUGUAAGUGUUUCACUACCGUCCACGGUAUAUCGGCGGUCAAUUGUACUGACAUACCAACAGCAGUUGAAUCCUCUGGAAAUGAAUGGCCACAAAAAGUUCUUCGAAUACACUUCAAAGCUGGCCGCACCUCGCCAAUAAUGUUAAAAGACAGAAUAUUUAAACCCUUUCCUCGACUCACUUUUCUAGACAUCACAGGACACAAAAUUGGAUACGUGGGAAGUUUGGCGUUUGACGGUUUACCCGAAUUGGUGGAACUUAACCUAAUUAACACUAAUAUUAGGAAAUUAGACCGCAACACGUUUGCUGGAAACUCUAAACUAGCGUUUCUGUCUUUGAAGAAGAACCACGGUGUCAUUAUUGGACCUUCAUUUUUGAUUUCCAACUCGAUAACCGAGCUGGACAUAUCGGAAUGCGGAUUGAAAACGUUAAAAAGCGUAUACUUUAAUGGUUUACCUAAUUUAAAGUACUUGUUCGCGAGUAAAAACGAAUUAAGAAGCCUAGGAUUUCAAUUUGGGCCUUCUAGUCUUAAAUACGUGAAUCUCGCUCAUAACCACAUCACCGACGUUGAAGAAGAUCUAGAAUCGUACAAGCGGCUAAGAACGAUUGAUCUCACGGGCAAUCCAAUAAACUGUACCUGUGAACUGGUGGACAAAGACCGGAUACUCGCGGCUAAAGGUGUGGCGCUCGGUAAUACGAUUAAUUGUGUAAACACUGGAAGAUCGCUGAAUGAUAUGAUCGAAGCGUGUUCAGAUAAAGACAUGAUGGGAGACGACGCCGAAGCAGAUAUCUACAAAGCCGAUAAUUUAUUGAAAAUCGACAACAGCACAUUACAAGAACACGACGAUUUCAUCGAUUCGGGUUCUGGAUCGGGUAGCGGAGACGGAGAAAACGAUUUUGUAAACAAACCAACCCAAUCACCUAUACUGACCACUCAAGCUGCCGUGCCCGAAGUCAGCGAGGCGACUCCGAACAAAACACAGGUUCUGACAGUGCAGACUGCUUUAUCCGAAAACCAAACUGACAUCCAAAAUACAAUUGACAGUAACGAGACAGCCGCCUUAAUUCCAGUGACAGAAAAUCCCAUAACCUUACAGCACAUCAGCGAAACGCAUAAUGAACCAGAGACGCCGGUCGUUCCGAAAGUGGAAUUAUCUCUACCUGUUGAACCCACGGCGGCAGAAGACCAGAUAACUACUGAUAAGUCCAAUAAGCCACCAGUAGACACUGUUACCGAAUCUCAUUCAACGACCAAGCCGGUCGAGACUGCCACCAAAUCUCAUUCGUCUACUCCGGAAACGAACAAUUCGAGUUCCAAUAACGGUAUUGUUCCGCAAACGAUACAAGCGCCGGAAGACGAAAAAAAGGUGCCGACCAAAAUCACCGAGUAUUUAAAAUCGAACACGGGAAUAACGGCUACCGCUGCCGUACUAGCGAUCGUGAUCAUCGCCAUUAUCUACAAAGCCGUGUGCUCGGGUCACAAGAGAAACCACGGUCCGAUAACAAACGAGAAAAACGUGGAGCUCAAAGACAUCAAGUACAUGCCAGCCGACACGGAAGAUUGCAACCACCAUCACGACGACACCCCUACGGGUUCGGUGGAAGACAACUUGCUAGAAGACCACGACAGCGACGAUGAGGACUACAGUAUUAGCGAAGAUGUGCAACCAUCUCGGAAAUCGCCAACAGCAAAUGGUCAUGCGACAAGUGGUUUGCUAAACAGCUCAGUGGACGCACCGAACAACCGCGAGGAACUGUCGAGGACUUCACCCAACAGCCAGGACAGGCCAACCAAAGUAAUCGUGAAAAUGGCCGAAACGCCAAAAGCUCAGAGACCUUGCAUUAAAAACUUCACUAAUGUUUAAACAUAUUUGCGGUUCUGUUAAACUAAACGACUCAUAACUACACGGUUAAUGACUUUUUGUUCUUGACGUUUUGUGGAUGAUUACUGCUGGAACGUAUCAUCUGUAAUUAUCGAUUGUAAAAAUGUUUUUAUUUAUUAUAAUAUAUUUAAUAAUAAUUUUUAUACUGUUAAUUUUAUAUUAUUUCGAAUUUAAUAUUAUUAUAAUACACGUUUAAUAUUUUAUGUACAACAAAAAAAUUAAUGUAUAUUCUCAUUAACAGAAACCUUGUUAACAAAUAAUUAUUUUUAUUGAAAUGAUAGUAACCGGUAUGUGGACGUACGCUAUUAUUGGACAAUUCUCAUGUAGUUAACCAGCAGCCAGAUAAAAAAUAUACAUAAUAUAUUAUUACUCCCUCAAAAAUAUAUCUUAUUUCAAGGUUCUGAAUUCUUUGUUGCUAUACCUUAAGUUGAAAGUGUUGAUGUUUAAUAAUAGAUGUCAUUUUUUUUACUACUAUACAUUUUUAUUUAUAACUAUCUGUGACCAAUGUUAAAUGUUAAAUGUUAAUGUAAAUUAUAUUAAUGUAGGUAUACGUUUAAGAAAAUUUGUUAUUGUAUAUAUAAAUUAUUAUAUAUUUAUACAAGUGUCCACAUUUAAUUGAAUUUUUUUAAAUAUUUUCGUACUUAAAUGUAUGUUUGUUCACAGUAAGAAAUAUCAAUUUUUAAGAAGCCAUUGGACAUUUGCUCACUGAUUUAUAAACACAUUUAAAAUUACAAAUGUUAAGGUUUGGUUCCUAAAAAAAAUUGUAUGUUCGACUCUAAAAAAAAAAAGGUGCCAUUAUUUGGCUUUGAUUUUUAUUUGAUAAUGAAACUGGUGAACUGUUCACAUAUACCUGUACAAAUAUUUAUAAAAUGUGAUAACUACAAUUUUUAUAUUUAUUUUAUCGACUUAAUUUUCACUGACUGUUUUUAUUGUUUUUACAUACUACCAAAAGUAUAAAAUAUAAAAAACCGUUUAAUAUAUUAUAUUUAUCGUGUAUUGCAAAU